UUGCUAAUACAGAGGAACUAUCGAAACGUGACGAGAAAGAAUGACCUAAACCACUACAUAAACAAAUACAUAAAAACGAAGAGAUUCUUUGAGCACCCAAUAAUCGAAAUAAACAACGUCUUCUUCCUAAACGUGAGCAUAAACGAAAUUGUCAUAACGGUUCUGACCAGGAGCAACUCGAACAUCUGCCUCAUCUUCAACUUUAUAUAUAAAUUUAUAGAAAUAUUAAAUUACUUCUUUAACAAGGAAAUUUCGGGAAUAAAUAUAGUUAAUAAUUUUGUCCUGAUUUAUGAAAUAUGUGAUGAAAUAAUUGACUACGGAUAUCCACAAACGUUGGAAGUAAAUAUUUUAAAGAAUAGCCUCCUGAAUAAGGUCAAAUAUUACAGUAGGACUUCUAAAUACUUUCAGAAGUUGUCAAAUGAGCUACGGAACCCUAACUGUGUGAUUGAAGAUAUUGUACAUGACACGAAUAUACAAAAUCAGAAUGAAGGAUUGCACAUGAAAUAUUAUAAUGGAAAUAGUAAAGAUUCGUACAAAAAAAGUGGAUUAAAAAAUGCCAAUAGUUACGAAUUGAAUGAAAAAAAUAAACUAAAAUAUAUAGGGAAGGAAACGUUGAACAGAAUUAAAAAUAAAAUAAUUAACAAUAGUAAACCAACGAAUAAUUUUAAUUACAUAACAGGGAACUGCACUUGGAGAAACAACAACAUUUAUUAUAAAAAAAAUGAAAUAUAUAUUGACAUACUGGAAAUAUUGAAUGUUACAAUAAAUAGCAACAAUUUGAUAUAUGCCCACAUCAAUGGAAAGGUCACACUGAAAUGCUUCCUCUCAGGGAUGCCUAUUUGUGAACUGAGCACAAACAAUAAGAUUAACCUUCUUAACAAUGUCUGUAACGCCUCUAGUGGGAAUAAUCCCUCUGGUGGAAAUAAUCAUCCCAAUAAUGCGGCUUCCGCGAAUAGCAGCUCGAAAAAUGCCUCAAAGGGAAAAUCCAAUCAAAGCAAUAGCAAGAGGAAAAACACAAGUGAAGAAAAGGAAAAUGACGAUAUCAUUAUCGACAAUUGCAUUUUUCACCAUUGUGUAACGCUCUCCAAGUAUGAAAAUAGUAAACUCAUUACCUUCACCCCCCCGGAUGGUUCAUUCGAACUGAUGAAAUACACUAUUACCAAAAAUAUACAGAUACCCUUUCACAUUAUAGCUAUAUACAAUCCCAUACUGCAGUACUCUAAAUCGUUGGAGAAAAAAUUCUCUCUCAAAAAACUCACAAAUAAUAGUAAAAGUAUCUAUGGGGACUAUAAAAAUACAAACAGGUACGAAUACGCUGUUACCAUUAAAUCAAAUUAUAAGGGAAGUAUGCAUGCCACCGACGUUGUGAUAAAAAUUCCUAUUUAUAAAUUCUCUGAAAAUGUUGAAGUGAAAUAUAAAUCGACAGGAAAAACUGAAUUUAACAACAUUGAGGGAAUCGUCACCUGGAGAAUUAAAAAAUUUUCCAGCUCAAGUGAACAUAGCAUUAAGAUAUAUUUAACGCUUGAAAAUCAAAACCAAAUUUACUCCAACAUGAACAACACACAAAAGGUGGACGACUUGUCCAAGGUUGUUUUACAAGUGCACAAAGUUAAGAAUAUGAAUACGGUUAAGUUUUUAAAUACCUACAAAAUGCCCAUCACGCUAAGUUUUAAAAUCCCCAUGUUUACUUCCAGUGGCAUGUAUAUCAGAUACCUUAAAGUUUUCGAAAAAUCCAAUUAUAAAAUUAUUAAGUGGAUUAAAUACUUAACUGAGUCUGGUAUAUACCAGUACAAGUGA